AUGUCUUCUUAUAAUACUGUUCUUAAUACGUCUAUAAUUAAUGUUCGUAUAUUAUGUCUUCUUAUAAUGACUGUUCUUAUAAUACGUCUUCUCAUAAUUAAUGUUCGUAUAUUAUGUCUUCUUAUAAUGACUGUUCUUAUAAUACGUCUUCUCAUAAUUAUUGUUCGUAUAUUAUGUCUUCUUAUAAUGACUGUUCUUAUAAUACGUCUUCUCAUAAUUAUUGUUCGUAUAUUAUGUCUUCUUAUAAUGACUGUUCUUAUAAUAUGUCUUCUUAUAAUUAAUGUUCGUAUAUUAUGUCUUCUUAUAAUGACUGUUCUUAUAAUACGUCUUCUUUAUAAUUAUUGUUCGUAUAUUAUGUCUUCUUAUAAUGACUGUUCUUAUAAUACGUCUUCUCAUAAUUAUUGUUCGUAUAUUAUGUCUUCUUAUAAUGACUGUUCUUAUAAUACGUCUUCUCAUAAUUAA